GUUCGCUUUGGGCUUUGUUUUUCACACACUUCCACAGUGCCUGUAGGUUUAAUUUUUGUUUAUAAAUUAUUGUUUUUUUUGCACUGGGAUUGCCUGCUUAAAUAUAUAAAUGCACGGUAUCAAAAAGUAUGGAGAGCUCUUUGACAUUUACAGGAAAAAUAAAAACACUUGUACUACUUGGCAUAUUACUCAUUGCCUUUAUAGGAUAUAAAAUGCAGGAAAGCGUGCAACAAAAUGAUGAUUUGGAUGAUUUAGAUAAUCUAGGUGAAGAGCUCCGGAUUAUUUUGGUGGGAGAAACAGGGGUGGGGAAAAGCGCAACGGGCAACACCAUCCUAGGAAAAAAAGUUUUCAAAUCCGAGAUAUCAUCCUCAUCUGUGACUGGACAAUGUGACAAGGUUUAUGAAAUAGUUCAUGGAAGAAAAGUAACAGUUAUUGAUACUCCAGGUCUGUUUCACACUAACUUAACUACAAAUGAAGUUGUCAACAGAAUCGAGCAGUGCACUUUAUUCUCUGCUCCUGGACCACAUGUCUUUUUAAUUGUAAUCAAAUUAGGCCGAUUUUUAGAUCAAGAUCUCGAAGCCAAUAGAAUUAUUCUAAACAUUUUGGGUAAAUCAGUCUCAUCAUCACACACCAUAACGCUCUUUACUCAUGGAGAUCUACUGAAGGAAAAAAACAUUCACACUUUUGUGCGUGACAAUCCAAGACUGGUCGAUGUAAUAAAAACUUGCAGUGGAAGAUUUCACGUGUUUAACAAUACAGAUAAGAAUCCACAUCAGGUCACUCGGUUACUGGACAAGAUUGAUAAUUUGGUGACUGGAAACGGUGGGCAGCAUUACACCAAUAAGAUGCUUGAGAGUGUGGAGAGAGCAAUUGAGGAAGAAAAACAACAUAUCAUAAAAGAGACAGAAGAACUGAGAAUGAAUGAGAUAAAAGCUCUGGGGGAUAAAUUUCAAGGUCAAGCUUUUGAAAAAGAAAAAAGAAAGGUGAUCAGAAAAUAUGAAGAAGAGGCAAGAUGGCAAGCAGAGAAAAACACCAUUCGUGUUCCAAGUGGUGGGUUCCCGUUUGUGAAUGAAAUAAAAAACUUUUUUUUUAAACUUGAAUGAGAAAUUAAAACCAAUCAUUUAAAUGACAUUGAAUGCUGAAACUAGCUACACAACCUAAGCUAUAAGCAUAAAUCUUCAAACCAUAAAUCUAUUAGU